CACAUCCGGGCACAGAUGUCCAAGCACUGAGCAACGGCGUUGUCCGCAACAGCACACGACAUGAGUCGUAGUAGGUAGCGAACGGAAGCGAAUGAGACGGAAUGCAAGAAGAAGAAGAAGAAGAAGAAGAAGAAGAAGAGUUAGAAGAAGGGUUAGAGAAACGGUUAGAAAAGAAGACCCACAGAGACGCCAACGGCACCGAGGCCCGAAAGUAGUAGUAGCAGUAGUAGUAGUAAUCGUCGGAGAAGGGCAACAGACAGCAAGCAGCAGGCAAACCCAGGCGUAGCAUCGAGGGCAGCGUCAAGAAAAGGAGAAAAAAAAAAAAAAAAAAA